AGAUAAAUUUUCAAAUGUUAUUUUUUUGGAAACGAAUGAAGCAUCCUAUGGAAAAAUUUUAUUCUGCAUUUUUGACCUAUCUUCACACGUAAAGUAACCUCCUGUCAACUGUUCAGUUUAUUUGUUGUCUUCAAUACGGAAUUAAACUUUAUUAUACUUCUAGGCUUGACAAAUUUCCAAACUCGAUUUUUUCGAAAACGGAGUUAUAUAAACAAAUUUCGACUUGCUUGUUCACGUAGAAUCAUAAAAGUAACAUUCAACAUUCAGAAACAUUCCUUGCCAAUUAUAUAACUAUACCUCUUGAUUGUUAGAACUCUUUAUAUAACGAUAUAAAUAAUGUUAAAAAAUAUAUAAGUUAAAUAGAUGUAUAAUAAACUGAAAAAAUGUAAAUCUUAUCUUUAAAUAUUUACUCUUUAAAAUUGGUCCACACACAUAUCACAAACAAUCUUAUGACACACGGUGAAAGUAGACAAAUCGUUCUACUUAUAAGUUUAUGAAAGAAAGGCUAAAUUUGCAUUCUUUACAUAGAUGUCUGAUAACUUUUCUAUUUCUUCAAUUUCUAAUACACAAAGAACUUAUCAUCUUUACCUACUUAGGAAUAAAUGAACCGUUAUUUUGUUUAGCUGUACUCAUUUACAUGUCCUGCAAUUUAUGCUGCUUCGUUUUCGCAGAUUUUUUGAUUCAAAUUUCAUAGAUUUUAGAAAGAAAAUGUGUAGUGAUAUAUAUAUUGACAUAAUUAAUCACCUAACCUAAGAUAAUUUACUAAAAAGUAAUAUAAUAUACGCGAGAAAUUUUGAGGAAAGAACUGGAAAUAUAAUAUAUUAACGUCAAUAAUACUUUGUGUUUACGUUUUGUAAUUCAUCUAUUAUAAUUUGAUAAAGCAAAAUAAAUCUACUUUGAUUAACUCAUUUCUAUUAUUAUUACUGAUAAUGGCACAAAUAAAUCAAAGCAUAUGUUUAACAUUACCUAAAAGUAUAACAAAACAAAUUAGUACAUGUGAAAAUAGUGAACAAUAUAUUACGAAUUUUCUACAAAAUGCAUUGCCUUCCUCUGAUACUGGUUCGGUAGCAGAUGAAUUAAGAAAGUCACUAAUAUUUGCUAAGCAUAAAAAUAAAUGGAACAAGAAAAAACGAUGUCAAGGAAAGUUAUUAACUAGUAGGAAACGAAUGCAGCUUGGUUUACGUAAGAUUAGUUGCAAAAGUGAUAUGAAAUAUACAGCAUUGUUACCAUUAAAUCAGUUAUGGCUAAAUUAUAUGGAACAAGUACUCGGCUCCAAGUUUUUUAAUAAUAUUCCAAAAGAUUCUACAGAUCCAAAUUGGGAAAAUGUUAAUCAACAGUUAAUUAAAGCAGAUUUUCAUGGUGCUGAAAUUUCCAUUGUUGGAUCAAAAUGUCCCAGUUUGGUUGGAUUAAGUGGCAUUGUAGUUCAAGAUACAAAAAAUAUUUUCAGAAUUUGUGGAAGAGAUAAUAUUAUGCGAACAAUACCUAAAGAUAAUGUUAUUAUAAAUAUUUAUUUAAAAAACAUAAAAUUGGAGUUCUUUGGAAAAGAUCUUUCUAUAAGACCUACCGAACGAACAAUAAAAAAGUUUAAAUGUGGACGUAUAUACGAACUAUAGUGAAAUCUGUUGUAAUU